AUGCCUUCUACUAUCGUUGCAGAGUUGAGYCAGCGGUAYAYGGYUAAAAGAGCAUGCUCAUUCUGUCGCUACUCACUGGUAAUCAGCAACCUUGAAUCAAGUGACAGUGGUGGAUACGCCUGUCAUGUUAAUGGCACCAUUGGUUCAGGACAACAUCUUUUCCUUCUGUCUGUCACUGAAACAACAGUUUUGCCGACUUCUGGUGAUGGAGAAAAGCCAAGUCCUGUCGCCUUAUUUUGUCACUUUCUUGCACGACUUCAUCUCGUCGAGUGCUCAAGUGUUUGCAAAGAAAAGAUAAUGGCUUUGGUUCAAGUCAUUCUUAUUAUGUGCCUAGCGACGUCAGUCACUUCCAAAGUGUUCUACGUUGAUCAGAAAAAUGGCAAAGAAGGAAAUACCGGUGAUUCAAUCACAACCCCAUUUACUACCAUCCAGGAGUGCAUUGACGCUGUUAAAGACCCUGGGGACGAGUGUCGYAUAAGAAAGGGUCGAUACCACGAAGACGUCACCAUUUCUGGAAAACACGGUACUAAAGAUCGUCCAAUCAUCAUCGCUGGCUAUGAAAACGAGCAGCCAAUCAUUGACGGAACCGUUCUCUUGAAAACAACCUGGAAGUUCUACAGAUCGUCCCCAAAUAAUCGUAUUUUCAAAGGCGUUAUACAAGAAGACAUCUGGCAACUCUUUGUCGAUGACGUCAUGAUGACCAACGCCCGCUGGCCAAACGCACUUUGGUCGGAUUUCACYGUUUUUAAUAACUCCUACUGGGGAAAGUCUGCCUUGACUUCCACCAGAGAUAAAAUGGUCGAUAACGGCGAUAAAGACCUUGCMGGCAGUGGAAUCAAUGCAGCUGAUGCAAUGGCAAUUUUGAACAUUGGCAGUUUUAAUACAUUUGUGGCCAAAGUCCUCAGUCACAGUCCUGGGCAGAAUUUCUUCACGUACAACAACACAUUUGGAAAUCACCACUUCAAGCCARGGCUGAACCAGUACUUCUUGGARGACAAGUUAGAUCUUUUAGACCAGGCAGGCGAGUGGUUUUACGAUAAAAACACUCGGGAGUUAUAUGUAUGGAACUACGAUGGACGCCAUCCAUCCAAACAUSUUCUUCGUGGAAAGACUCAGACCUACGCCUUUCACAUAACUGACAGCAGCAACAUCGUCUUCGCCAACAUGACAUUCUUUGCAACCACCCUCAAAGCAGAGAGCACUUCUCCAACAAAAGUCAUUGAUAACCUGCAAUUCUUGUCAGUAAAUUUYAGCUUCCCUUCGUAUUCGAAGCGAAUGCUUGGCUCCCCUUUGCCACCUGAGUGGACCAAGAUCAAUGCAAAGUAUAGAUGGAGGCCUGCAAGACCAUUCACAAUGUUCAAUUGCACCUUCUAUGGCACGGACGGUGCGGCUUUGGAGUAUGCAAGUAUGAAUGCAACUUUAGAGAAUAACCUCUUUGCGAGAAAUGAUUGGACUGGAGCAAUGAUGACAACGGCAACUGGUGGCUUUGGGACUGUUGUGUCCAAAGGAGAGGGAGACAGAUUCAUAAGGAAUACAUUGAGCUACAAUGGUGCAAGUGCUGGUUAUCGCAUAUCCCUCCCUCGACCACUGGUACAACUGAAUCAUUUUCACCACCAAUGCUGGGGAAUGAUUCAAAACGAUGGGAGCCAUGUUCAAACACAAAUUAAAGGCCAAACCAAUGCACUGUUCAAACAGAACUGGGUGCACGGCAGUCCGAAGUAUGGGUUACGCUUCGAUGGCGAACCUCCAAAGAUUGGUCAACAUGGAACAAUGGACAGCAACGUGGCUUGGAAGAUGAACGGUUUGAUGAUUAAAGGGGAUUACCAUACAGUGAAGAACAAUUUAGCUUUUGAUAAGAACAACGGAAAGGGCGGAGAUAAGCAGGAGACUGGCUGUACCCUAUGUGUGCUGAAAUACGUGCGAUCCAACCCUGUGCCCAUCAAUAACAACUCGAUUGUUAUCGCCAACGCGGCCUCCACAGCAAACGGCGGCAAACAUAAGAAAGUGACCUUUCCCUUGGCCGGUAAAGUGAUAAAAAACAACGUCGUUGGAAGCAUUCGGCAACAAGUUGUAGACGCGGACAAUUACGACUUCCGUCCGAAGCCCGGAUCCAAAUAUAUCCCUAACAGUGUUGGUCCAUACUCGUACAACUCUGAAGGUGCCACUUACUGGAUUCCAGGAAGACAGCUUUACAAAACCAGUACACCUGUCCCCCCAGAUUCCAGUGUUACAGUAAAGAAAAGCCGGGACGCACUGAUGUGGCUGAACGCACUCGGUGCACAUGUUCAUCAUGUCUACUUUGGCGACGACUUUACGAAGGUUUCCGAAGCGACAACGGAAUCACYCGAAUACAAGGCGAAGAUUGCGAACGACGGCAACGUGUACUACCUGAAGGAAAGUCUUCAGCAGUCGACACAAUACUUCUGGAGAGUGGAUGCCGAGGUUUCUCAAGAGGAAAUCUACAAAGGAGAUGUUUGGUCUUUUACAACAAARUCCUCAAACUGAAAUCGGAUGUACUCGACACCUUAAAAUCACAUUCAAAGGAUAGGGUAUUAGGGAAAUAUGUAACGRUGAUGGGAUUGUUAACCAUUAAAAAAAGCAUCAAGCA